UGUGUGUGCGACGCAGCACCAAAGAAAACGAGACGUGAGAAGAGCCAGGGGUGGGCUGGUGAUUUCAGUCGCAGUGUGGCCCAGUCUCAGUUACUCGUGACGCCAGUACGCUACCAGCGAGCCCGCCUCUGCUCUCCUGGCACAUUAACCUGGAGACGAGGAAGACGAGGAAAUCAAAGAGGCGGCAGAAGGCCAUUAUAUACGUCAGCGGUGUCUCUUCCUUACUCGCCUCGCCAACUAAGCUUUAGGCAAGAGACGCGAACGCAGACCAGCUGUGGCGAGACGUCUGGCGCGAUGGAGGGGCGACUCCCUCCUCCAGAAGAGAUGGAAUGGGACGAGGAAGGCUUCCCUGUGGCGACGCUAGCGAGGGUGGGGGAGGCGUGCCGCUCACAACCUGACGAGGAGAGUGGGGAAUGGGUGCAGCAGCAGGUGUUCGUCCUCAGGCACCACUCCAGGGAUCCCUCACCCCAGCCUGGUGCUCAGCCUCGCCUCGUGCAGGAAGUAGUUCACAUUCAUUGGCCACUGGUCGAGCGGGGACAGAUUCUCCGAGGGUACACGCACAGAAUGCUCUCACGGUUGAGCGAGGACUUGGCGCGAGCCCAAGGGAACACACACUCGCGGCGGCAGCCUCGCGCCGCAACCCACCACAGUGACCUCGAGGCCCUCAAGUCACGACCAAUGUUCCAGAUUCCACCGGAGAUUUUCCAAGAAGUGCCUCAGAAAGGGACGGACACGGGUGGCACCAGGAUCUGCACCAUCACCAUCUGGAAAGAGUUCAUCUAUGCCCCGUCCGUGUUGAUGCUGGAGCAGCAGCACUUCACGGACCGCGGGCUGCACGGCCUCAAACCCGUCACGUGCCGCCUCAGUAAGUUCAUGAACCGAAAAGUCGUCGAUUGGUCAUUGUACGUGUUUUUUUUUGGUGUGUACUUCCUCUACUGCUGCAUCUUCAGUGACGUCCUAGAGCUGGCCCUCUACCUGCUCUUUGGGAAUCACCUGUCCUUCCACCAGCUGGCCAACAGCUCCAACAUCGAUGUCACGUUUAAAGGAACAUUCUUCGAGGGCCCCGCAUAUGCCCUCAUUAGGAUGUGCUGCCAACACUGCACCCAACGGGAGAACGCGAAAGUGAUGUGGCGCCACAUGGCCAAGAUGAAGAAAGACAUCAUGAAUGCUAAAAUCGCGUAGUGUGUGUGUGUGUGUGUGUGUGUGUGUGUGUGUGUGUGUGUUUGUGUGUACAUAUGUAUAUCUUAAUAUAUAAUAGAGAGCGUGUAGCGGAUAAAAUAUGGCCUCAGGCAUCGUUUCAAUUUAAUGUGAUCGUCAUAAUACCAAAUUGUGUUAAUCUUUAAAGGUAAAGAGCAUCAAACUGUCCAUUCAUCGUUUAAAUUUCAUUAUAUCACACACACACACACACACACACACACACACACACACACACACACCUCCAGUCUUCCAUAACACCCUAAUCACAACCUUUCUCUUGUACCUGGCAUCUCCUCACCCUUCCUUCCAUUCCCUCCUGAACAAUCUCAUUCCCUUCCUUUCCCUCUCCGCACCACCUCCCUUCUGACUCUCUCAUCACCACCUGCAGCAUCUACACCCUUUCCACUUUCCCCACCACCACAACACCGUCUCUGUACAUCAUAAGCCGGAGUUUGUCUUAAUAUUCAUAAUUCAUCCAGAACCUGUUUAUAUAUUUAGUGGAUGGAAAAUAUAUUGUCUACUUAAAAAAUG